AUGGCGGAGCAGGAGAUAUCAUUGAUCACUAACAAAGACAACCAAGAGUUCCGUCUGAAGCGCAGCGCGGCGGAACAAUCCAAGAUGGUGGCGAACAUGAUCGAGGACACGCCAGCUGGGGAGCACAUCCCCAUUCAAAACGUCACCGGGAGCAUCAUGGCAAAGGUGAUUGAGUGGAUGAACUACCAUGCUGGCAAGCCCGAGGAGGACGAGGCAGAGGACUGGAACGAAGACUUCCUCAAGCAAGUGCCGAAGGACACAAUAUUCGAAAUCAUGCUUGCGGCGAACUACCUCGACAUCGACGCGCUUGUGGACUUUUGCGCGAAGACGGUAGCAGGCAUGAUCAAAGGGAAAACAACAGAGGAGUUGCGGAAGCUCUUUGACAUCAAGAGCGAUUGGACCCAAGAGGAGGAGGAGAAGAUCCACGGGAAGCGAUCCUGA